UAGCUAGCCAAGCUGAGCAGGACUAAGAUCACUCGUGAAUUCGGAGAUACCAUGGGAAGUGUACCGAAGAAAGGAGCUGCCUUUGCUCUGGCGGUGGCCAUUGCGACCAUCGUGAUGGCGACCACCACGACGAUGGCCGCCGACCUGUCGGACGCCGAGAAGGCACAGUUCGUCAAGCUCCACAACGACGCCCGGGCCGCGGUCGGCGUCAAGGCGCAGGUGUCGUGGAGCGAGGCGGUGGCGGCGAAGGCCCGGGAGCACGCCAGCACGUGCCGGACGGACCACAUACAGGGGCCCUACGGCGAGAACCUGUGGUGGGGGUGGAGCAGCACCGCCGGCUGGGUCGGGAAGCCAGCGGACGCGAUGGGGAGCUGGGUGGGCGAGAAGCCGUACUACGAUCGCAGCAGCAACAAAUGCGUCGGCGGGAAGGUGUGCGGCCACUACACGCAGGUGGUGUGGAGCCGCACCACCCAGAUCGGCUGCGCGCGCGUCACCGGCUGCAACAUCAACGGUCGCAGCAGCACGCUGAUCGCCUGCAACUACAACCCGCGUGGCAACAUUAACGGGGAGCGCCCCUACUAGCUACGUUAAGCCGAUCGAGUCUCCUCUAAUAAACUGCUCUCUAACGUGGGUUACUAGCUAAUACUAUAUGGGUUCGGUAUAAUUAAGAACCUACAUAUUAGUUAGAGAGCGUACUAAGUUAGAGGAUCCGUUUCUAUAUGCAU